AAGAAGAGGUUGUCAGAAGAGAAAAUAGAAGAGUGAGAAAUGAAUAGCUUAUCCUUUUUUUCUUGAUUUACUUUAAUUACAGUUAAGUUGUUAAACAGUUCUCAAGGUAGAAAAUUAUGAUUAAAAAGAGGAUCAAAAGAGAGAGCAAUUGUCAUGUUUAGUUAUCAGAAGAUAUGCAUAUUGAACUAGUGAGUAAUUCAAAAGGUUGAAGCUGGACGUAUUCAAACGCAAUUACAACAUGUGAGACCCUACCUAAAGUAACUGUCUAUUAUCAUCUGACCAGCAACUGUAACAAAAAAUACAUCAAAACAACUAAUUUUAUUAUCCUUUGUUUUUUGUGCUUUGUUCAACAUCUUUAUAUUUGUCUUUUGAGCCUUCACUUUGUGAUCUUCUGACCGUUUUGGACUUCAAACCUGUGUUACAAAAUGUCUCAACUAAAUGCCGCUGAGUCGGGUCGUUCAAAAAAUUCAUGUUCUGGAUCAUCUUCACAAUUACCUGCCUCAUGUUAUUAUGAAUGCUCUGCGAAAUUAUAUAACACUUGUUUGAAAUCAAUAGUGGCCAAUCUGGAUGAGAUUCACUAUAAUCUCCAUUGUUUACCUGUCCAUAUUCAAAUCGAUUUAUAUUUAGAGAUGUUUAUGAAUGAACGUUGGAAUAAUUUAAUAGAGUAUUUAUCAAAUGUAAACAAUUUUAUUAAUCUUGUCGUGUUUAACAACGGUCAAAGACAAGCGCUUCACAUGUUGCUGCAACGGUUAAUGGACGAAGGAAUAAAUUUAACCGGUGAUUUGUGCAAACAUACGACCAAAGAUGUAGCCUUACUUCGGGAAAGGGCUGAAAAGGCGACCAACCAUGAUAAGACUGGGCUAAGACAGAAUAGGAUAAGAUCAAUGAAAAGAAGUUUCGCAUUAGCAGGAUUCCUUAUAGAGGCUGGAUGGUAUGUUGAAGGAGAAAAAAUUUUAUCAACUUGCCUGACUCUUUAUUUACCAGAGAUUGAUAUUGGAGAUUUAUCUGUUGAAUCAUGGACAUUUCGAAUCAAAACUCGUUUACUUGGAUCUCUUGUAGCUUAUUCACGUUUCAAUGAAGCCACUGAACUUUACAGGGAAAUGCUCCACCAGAUAGAAGUCAACAAUUAUGAAAGCCUUAAGGACCAAUUUGAUGUUGCUCAAGCUUACAGUCAAUUUUCCUGUUUAUUUGUUGCUCAAAGUCUAUACAAAGAGGCCUACAUGUGGAGUUGCAGAGCUUUAAAACACAUUUCCAAUCAGACGCCAAGAAUAUCUUUAAUUGAAAUACUUUUAACGGCGGGACGAUCCUGUGUGGUUAAAAGAGACUUUGAAAGUGCAGAUUAUUUAUUAAGACAAGCUUUACUGGCUGCUAGUGAACAGUUCAAUAUAAACGAGAAAUGUGAUUUCUCAGACAUUUCUCGUUUCCAUCCAAUUGUUGGUGACCUUCUUAUUGCCAUGGGCUACUAUUAUCACAACAUUGAUUCAGUGACACAGUCGGUCAGACUUUACUUCAGUGCUCUCAACUUUCGUAAACAAUAUUUUGGUCUUCACACUCUGUCUGAACAAUGUAUAAAUUUACCAUUAGCAUUAGCUCGUCAAGAUUUAGCUUUUGAAUAUUAUAUCCAAGAAUAUUCAACUGGUAACUUUGAUUUAUGCCUGCAUCACAUUGAACUCGCCAAAAUGUCUUUGGAAACUCUGUUACCUCCAGAUCAUCAUCUACUUACCAAUGCUUUGAGAAUAAAAGCUUUAAUUAUUGAAGAAAUGGCCAUCGACACCAUCGAUAUUGUUGCUAAAACUGAACUAUUGAUGGAUGCUCAUAGGCUUCAUCGAAGAGCUCUAGAUAUAACCAAAAAUCUUCUCGGGGAAAAGAAUUUACAAACAGCCAAACAUUAUUCUAAUUUGGGUAGAUUGUAUCAGAGCAUGCAUCGAUACGAAGACUCUGAAGUUUUCCAAUUGCUUUCGAUUGAGAUAAAGGAAAAAUAUCUCGGUAAAGAUGAUUACGAAGUAGCGCAAUCUUAUGGGCUUCUCGCUUCACUGUACAGCUAUGACAUGGGAUUGUAUCUGCAAGCAGAAAGUUGUUAUCUUAAAGCAAUUGAAAUCGGAACCAAAGUCUUUGGAGGAUCUUACAGCGGCCUAGAGUUUGAAUAUCAAGGAAUCAUAAGGAUUUAUACAAGAACUGGAGAAAGCGAAAAGGUUGAAGAUUUCGUGCAACGAUUGAGAUCAUGGCAAACCCAGCGUAAUUCAGGGGCUACAGUUUCAACAAAGAAAAAUUUAUUCACCUGUUUAUCGGACGAGUCUCUUGGUUUAUUGAAUUUAGAGGAGAUAAAGAAACAUUUCUUUCAUAAUAGAUUGUAUCAAGUUUGAUGGUUUACGUCAGCAAAGAUAUCAAAUUUGUUAUGAUUGUUUACAAAACAAGUUAAUAUACUCAAUUAACAAGAACAAUAGUAAUUAUAAAAACAAACCUUUCAAAAAUUAAAAAUCAUGUCUUCUUGCAUGUCA